UGGGUUUACUGAGUCCCAUUACUUCGACCUCUGCCGCCGCCGGUGCCGCAGCCACCUCUCGGGAAGAGAGGAAGAGGGAGAGGAGCCCAUGUCACCUGUCACCCAGUAUCUCCAGCCGCGCGGUCCCGAAGAGUGUAAGAUGUUCGCCUGCGCCAAGCUCGCCUGCACGCCCGCUCUGAUCCGAGCUGGAUCCAGAGUUGCAUACAGACCAAUUUCUGCAUCAGUGUUAUCUCGACCAGAGGCUAGGACUGGAGAGGGCUCUACGGUAUUUAAUGGGGCCCAGAAUGGUGUGUCUCAGCUAAUCCAAAGGGAGUUUCAGACCAGUGCAAUCAGCAGAGACAUUGAUACUGCUGCCAAAUUUAUUGGUGCAGGUGCUGCAACAGUAGGAGUGGCUGGUUCUGGUGCUGGUAUUGGAACAGUCUUUGGCAGCCUUAUCAUUGGUUAUGCCAGAAACCCUUCGCUGAAGCAGCAGCUGUUCUCAUAUGCUAUCCUGGGAUUUGCCUUGUCUGAAGCUAUGGGUCUCUUUUGUUUGAUGGUUGCUUUCUUGAUUUUGUUUGCCAUGUAACAAAUUACUGCUUGACAUGUUGGCAUUCUUAUUAAUUACGGAUGUAAUUCUGUGUAUCUUACUGUGACUCCGAAAACUGUAGUAUUGGUGUCAUGGAAAUGUACGUUAUUUCCAAAGUCAUUUCAUUAAAGAUGAAAACUUUAAAAAAAAAAAAAAAAA